AUGACAGGGCCUCUGAGAGCGCAGAUGCAGAUGCCUAGUGGCCCUAAUCUUCCGAAUGCAAGGUCUCCUGAAGACGAUAUCAGUCCUCUUACCUUCUAUGAAUCCCUUCAACGUGAUCGAAAGAAAGAUCCAUCAUACCGGUGCCCUGAGCCCAUAUUAGACAUGGCCCAGCCCUCCAUAUGGCAAUCUGCAACCAAUACUAUACCUCCGGAGUCUCCAACCUCCAUACAGACAUGCCAGGGGAAGGCCUUGGUCGAAGAGAGAGAGAAGCGACUUAAACAUUUAAAAUCAAUUCAACAAGCCUUGGCCCAGGAUGAGCAUAGAGCUCUUCAAGACUUGAAAGAUGUGUUACUGAAAAAUGAGGAAGACGAGGUUCACAACAUACCCACUAUCUCCCAGGGAUGA